GGCGCUCAACAUGCCUACCGAAAAGGAAAAUCCACGGAAACGGCACUCCAUGAAGUAAUCUCGGCGGUAGAGAAAUCUCUACAAGUCAACGAAUACUCCUUAAUCGCUUUCCUAGACAUUGAGGGAGCUUUUAACAACGUCAUACCAGGAGCCAUCACAGAGGCCCUGACUGACCUGGGAGUGGAUCGUCACUUGAUGAUGCUCAUAGAUCAAUUGCUCACAUGCAGGACAGUGACAUCAUCAAUGGGAUCGUCCACUCAGUCUAGGUAUGUCAACAGAGGCACCCCGCAAGGUGGUGUCCUGUCUCCCCUUCUAUGGAACAAAGCAGUCAAUAAGAUACUGUGUGACCUGGAAGGGGGGGGGGGCUGCAAGGUGGUAGCAUACGAGGACGACGUUGCCAUUAUUUUCUCGGGAAAAUUCCCUCAAACACUCUGCGAUCUAAUGACCGCAAAGCUCGCGCGACUCUCAGAAUGGACAGAGUCGCGUGGACUGGGAAUCAAUCCCUCUAAAACGGAACUUGUAUUGUUUACAACCAAAUACAAAAUCCCGUCCCUCAACCCCCCAAUACUAAACGGAUGUAGGCUCUCCUUCAGCGACAGUGCCAGUUACUUAGGGUUGGUAAUUGACAAAAAACUUAGCUGGAACCUGAGCAUCAAAGACAGAGUGAAGAAGGCUACGAUAGCCCUCUACACUUGCAAGAAAGCCAUUGGGCUAAAAUGGGGCAUGAACCCAAGAAUAGUCCAAUGGAUUUACCUGGCAAUAGUUAGACCAAUACUACUUUACGGAGUCGCAGUGUGGUGGCCUGCCCUAUCGAAGGGGACCAUCACUAAACAACUGGGCAAGGUGCAGCGCACUGCAGCCCUAUGCAUCAGUGGAGCUCUAAGCACAACACCAACGGAUGCGCUAAAUGCUAUCCUAUGCCUACAGAGCCUUGACCUUGCAGGUAAGGAGCAGGCAGAAAUAGCAGCAAUCCCUCUUAGAGACUCUGACCAAUGGGUGUCACAUCACACCGGUCAUGCGUCCAUCCUAAAUGGAAACAAAAUCGUCCCCACAAAAACGGACUACUGCGUUCCGAGGGAGUAUACAGAUACCCCCUUCGAAACAAUCAUCCCUCACAGAAACAUCUGGCUUGAGGGACCACCUGGUCCAAAGGGAGCCAUUCGAAUCUUUACUGAUGGCUCAAAGCUGGACAACAAGGUCGGAGGAGGAAUCUACUCCGAACAGCUGAACAUAAGACAGUCCUUCAGGCUCCCGGAUCACUGCAGUGUCUUCCAAGCGGAAGUCAUAGCGAUCAAGGAGGCUCUGAGCUGUCUUCAGGAAAUAGCCCCUGCGGCAACUCAUAUAAAUAUCUACAGUGACAGCCAAGCUGCGAUCAAGUCGCUGAAUGCGAUAACAACAAGCUCGGCCACCGUGGCAAACUGUCGCAAAUCUCUUCAUGAGAUGGCUUAUCAGUUCGUCAUCAGCCUAAUAUGGGUCCCGGGCCAUCAGGACAUUGAAGACAACUGCAUAGCGGACGAGCUGGCCAGAGCUGGCACAACAAUCCCCCUUCUCCAUGAUAAGGAGGAUAUUCGUAUGCCAAUGGCCACCUGCAAGCUCAAAAUAAAAGAACAUUUUAAGCGAUUAAUAAAUGACAGAUGGCAAACCGUGUCACUAUGUCGCAUAACUCGGCAAACAUGGCCUAACAUUAUUAGGAAGCGCACCGAUGAGCUCUGCAAACUCAGUAGGAGUAGGUGCAGCUCAGUCAUACGCUCCCUCACGGGACACUGGCUAAUAGGCACACAUGCAAGCAGGCUGGGCGCCCCAUAUAACGACUUCUGUCGAAGCUGUAGAGAUGAGGACGAGGAGGAGACUGUGGAACACCUGUUCUGCUCCUGUCCGGCUCUCAGUAGAAGGAGACUGCAAUACUUGGGCGCUCCUUUUCUAAUUAACAUUUCGGACAUGUCUACAAUCAGUCCCAGACGGAUCGCAGGCUUCAUAAGGGCAUCCGGAUGGGAUAAUGGAUAA